UCUUUUGUUGGCACGUGUGGCGCUUUUAAGUUUUGUUUUUAUUUCACCAGAUUUUUGAGAUCUUUAAAAUAAAGUAUGCGGGACAACACGCCGCCGCACCGUCCGGACUUUGAGGAUGGUGAUGAUGAACUGAUAGAGAUGAUUGAGGACGACGAGGAUGACGAUUUAGAGGAGGUGACUCUGCAACAACUGGAGGAGCGACUUGCCAUGGCUGGCGGCGAUGACGACGUGGAGGAGGAGGAGGAUGAAGAAGAGUUGCGCGACCUUGAGAGAAUAGGCAGCAUCAAGGACGAGGCGGCAAUCACCUUCCGGCAGCACAAGGCUCCCGUUUUCGCCUGCAGCCUGCAUCCCACCUACGAUUGGGCGGUGACGGGCAGCGAAGACGACCGCGCCAUCGUUUGGGACACCACCACGGGAGAGUCCCUGUACGAGAUCACCGACCACAAGGACACCGUCACAGAAACGCACUUUAGUCACGAUGGGCUUUAUCUGGCCACCGGUGACAUGUCCGGCGAACUAUUCGCCUUUAAGGUCAGCGAACAGAAAGAGGACCGCCCGAUCCUGAACAAAGUCUGGGAGUACUCCAUGAGCGACAUGUCCUGGCUCUUCUGGCAUCGCGGAGCUCACGUCCUGCUGGCGGGCAGUGACAGCGGCGAGGUCUUCGUGUGGCGCAUUCCCAGCGGAGACUGCAAAAUCCUGCCGGGACAAUCGUCGCGUUGCGAAUCUGGAGAGCUCAGCAGUGAUGGCAAAAAACUAUUCACCGCCUACAUGAACGGAUCGGUGAGACUGUGGGAUCUGAAGAGCUGUCAGGUCCUGAUGGAGGUCAACGAACAGCAUCCCAUGGGAUUCGGCGAGAUCACGCAUGCAGUUGUGGCCUGCGAGAAAGAUUCACCUUUCUACGUUUGCGCGGAAGGAUCAGGCAAAAUGCUGUUUUGCACCAACAACGGACCUGUGAAUACGAUUCAGUCAGAGCACGGCAUUGAGUGCCUAGCCUUUGCGCCUGCUUCAGCGGAUCUCAAGCUGCUUGCUUGUGGCUCUUUGGAGGGCCAGAUAUCCAUAUGGGACUACAGCAAGACAGCCCUGCGUACGACGUGCGAGAACCCAGUUCCCAACGAUGGAGUCUUAAGAAUUAAGUGGCUGAACGACAACACCAUACUGGCGGCCACCUCACAAGGAAAUCUAAACGCAUUUGAUGCCCGCACAGGAUCGUUAAAGUUCACGCUGACAGGACACUUCUACCACAUUUACGAAUUUGUCUACAGGCCGCAGGAAAAUCUGCUAUUGACAGUGUCCGAGGACAACACGGCUAAAGUUUUCAAGGUGCCGCCGUUGGGAGAUUAGUUAGGAUAUAGAAAUGUUGUAUCGUUCUGUAUAUGUAAAUAGAAAAUACAUAUAAAAAUUAA